UGAGAACUGGUACGAGGGAACCAUACGCGGUCAGGCAGGAUUGUUCCCCUGUAACUAUGUAGAGGUGAUGGUUCCUUUCAGACAGUAAUCAGACACAGACGAUGUGAAGAUGAGAGCAUCAGUGACGGGAUUAAUCACGCGUAUCCAGUCCCAUCCAUCUCUCACCCCGAGAAGGCGUGUCAUCAUCCCGGCUGUACCAUCAUCCGCAGCUCUUUGUCCCCGCCGCCGUCUAUCGGUACCGGCUGCUGCUGGAGUCAUGGCGGCGGCGUCCGCGAGUCCGCGCACCGGCAGCCCGAGAGCGCAGCAGUCGCCGAACUACUACGAGGGAUAUCUGGAGAAAAGAGGACCGAAAGAGAAGGUAGCUCGCCGUCUGUGGACCUGCUUAUGUGGAAAUACAUUAUGCUUCUUCAACAACGCUAAAGACCCACAAUAUGUAGAGAAGCUGGAUCUCAGUGGAUUUGUGUCUCUGGUUGAUGAUCCAAGUCGUGACAGAAACUUGGAAGCAGCUCGACUGAACCUGCGCAUGAAAGACGGAGAAAUCAAACUCACCGCUCCCAAUCUAGAAGCCCGUGAGCUUUGGAAGGGUUUUCUCUACUCUGUAGUCGAUCUGGCUGUGCCCACCACCCUGACCCUCCUGCCCGGGCAGAUACACAUGCUGAAGGAGGUUGUGGAGAAGGAGAAAAUGCGUCGGAGGGCUCGCGCUGCGGCCAGAGCUCCCUCGUCCCCCCUCUCUCUGCCGCUGGUGGGGGAAAUACCUGCGUGUUUCAGGCCUGUGUCUCGCACUGAAGCUGAAGUAUUAUUGGAAAGACAUCCAGACUGCGGAAACAUGCUUCUCAGACCGGGAAGGGAUGGAACGUCACUCGCCGUCACCACACGACAAGACCUGAAUGGGUCUGUGUUCAGACACUACAGAGUGACGCAGAAGCAGCAGGGCGGUUAUGUCAUCGAUGUAGAAAACCCAAUCCCUUGCCCCACACUUCAUGAUGUCAUCAAUGCUCUGGUGGAGAAAACCGCCGGCACUCUUCAGCCUUUCAUAUUAGAGGAGCCAUAUGAAGAAAACAUCACGUUUGUAUCAUCCAACGAUGAGAGCGGAGAAAGAACUCUUCACUGCGCUCCCGUGGGGCCAAUCUCCAGAGCUCCUGCCCUGCCUCCUAAACAAGUAGGUACAGACAAAUGGAUGCUGCGAACGCAGACGAGAUCUCCCAGUUCCUCCCCUCGGUCCUUUUCCCCAUCCGGCUCUCCGUCCAACUCAAUGAGAAGGCUGGUUCUGUCUCCCUCACCACUCUCGCAGUCCCUCACAGAAGAGCUCAAACAGAAGCUGGAGAAAAGACGGACCAGUCAAGAAUGAGUUCUUCCAUGACUCCUCUCCCGCCCUCAGCCGCCUCAUUCUGCCAGUGCCUUCCAAUAAAGACUUCCGACCCAUCACAUGGACAGGGAUUCCCCACAAUAAACCAUUUUUCCUCUUUGUGUCUAUAUUACUGCCACUUUGUUUGACCUUAUCAAGAGCACAACCACAAGAUAACCGAGCCCCUACUGCUGUCCUGCUUCAUGAUGCCACAUGUUCCUUUGAGUUUUUGGAAGAUUGAAAGGACAAAUCUGAGCCAAUAUUCUCUCUAUCUCUCUCUGUUUCUUUCCUCUCCUUCUCUCUGUUAAAUCAAUAAUACUCAGACGUCUACCAGAAUGAGUCGAGAUUAAAUUGUGACCUGCACACUUUCAAGAUGAUAAGCACAUCGAAUGAGUGUUAAAAUGAAGGACUGUAUCAAAUGGUAAAUGGGACAACUGGGCUGUUCGCUCACAUAUAAUGUGAAGUUCAGGUUAAAAACUGUUAUAUUUUGACAUUUGAAUGAUGCAUUUGGACUGUUGCAGUACAUGUCUUUGGAUUUUUUUGAUGGGGUGUUAAUGUUAUCGUUUGAAUAUAGGGGACGGUUCAGCCUUUUGAAGGUCAGUAUUUCUCAGAUUCGUGAGUGUUGAUGGGUUGAUAGAUGGUUGCUUAGCGUUCCUGUGGCUGUCUUUCAUGAACAUGCAUGGUGCUACUGUGACUUCUCUGUAGAUAUCCGUUUUCAUGUGAUAUUCAAAUGAUUUCUUGUUAUUUCUAAUUGUGAUAUUUAUGGGAAUUAAAGGGAAUGUUUGGUAACA